AUGGCAAGGAGCGCGGCGCUGCUGCUCUGCGGUGCCCAACCCCCCCUGCUGACGCUGGACCCCCCCUGGACGCCCGUGUUCAAGGGGCAGAAGGUGACGCUGACCUGCGGGACCCCCGACGAGCACAUCCCCACCGCGUGGAACAUCGGCGGCAGGAACAAGAGGAGCAAAGCCAGCCACCUCCAGGCCUCCCUGCAGAACACCGGCCGCAGCAGCAUCCAGUGCCAGAGGUCCGACUCCAAGUUCAGCCUCUCCAUGGAGCUGAGCGUCUCUGACGACUCGGUGGUGCUGCAGGUGCCGGUGCAGCCGGUGCUGGAGGGGGACGCGCUGGUGCUGCGGUGCCGGAGCUGGUGGGGAAGGACGCUGAGCAGCGUGAGCUUCUUCCACAACGGGGUGCUGCUGUGGGGGGGGGGACAGGGGGAUGAGCUGCUGCUCGCCCCUGCGCAGCAGCACCACAGCGGCCGCUACCACUGCACGGGACGCCUGUACGGCUUGAGGGCAGAGUCCAAGACAAACGAGGUCGUCGUGCACGAGCUCUUCUCAGUGCCGGAGCUGAGCGUGGACGGUCCCCGGGACCCCCCUGAGGGCAGCGCCCUCACCCUGGCCUGCGUCACCCGCGGCAGCCCCCUGCGGCCCCGCGUCGCCCUGCAGCACCUCUUCUACCGGGACGGGGUGGUGGUGGCGGGGCCCCAGGGGUCCCCCCAGCACCUGCUGUGGGCGCUGGCGCUGCCCGACUCGGGCUCCUACGCCUGCGAGGCACAGGCAGAAGCGGCCAACGUGCAGAAACGCAGCGCCCCGGUCACCAUCACCGUGAGAAGGGUGCCCGUGGCGGGGGUGACCCUGGCGGCGCAGCCCCCCGGGGCGCAGGUGGCCGCGGGGGAGAGCCUGGUGCUGAGCUGCGCGGUGGCGGCGGGCACGGGGCCGCUCGUCUUCUCCUGGCACCGGCAGGGCCAGGCCCAGCCGCUGGCCCAGGGGCCCCGCUACGAGCUGCCGGCGGCGCGGCCGGAGGACGGCGGCCACUACUUCUGCAGGGCCACCAACGGCGUCACCGCGGCCACCAGCCCGCAGCUGCACGUCACCGUCGUGGUGCCCGUGGCCGGUGCCACCGUGAGGGUGGCGGGGACGGAGGUGGCGGUGACGGAGGUGGCGGGGACGGAGGGCGAGCGCCUCAACCUGAGCUGCGCGGUGCAGGCGGGCACGGCGCCCGUGGCCUUCACGUGGCUGCGGGACGGGGAGGAGAUGGGCGAGGGCCCCAUCCUGCCCCUGGGGACCCUGGGGCUGGGCCACGCUGGCACCUACCAGUGCGUGGCCACCAACCAGCUGGGUGCCCGGCGCGCCUUCCAGGUGCUCAGCCCCUCUGUGGCCCUCUCAGUGACGCGGCGGAGACAGGGGCAGUGGCGGGGACAAGCCCUGGCCGGGGGGCUGAGCGCGUCCCUGCUGGUCCUGCUGGCUGCCUCCGCCGUGCUGGGCUGGCACCUCUGGCGCCGGCGUCACCCAGCUGUCCCCAGCACGGACACGUCGGAGCCCGAGUACAGCAACGUGUGUCCCGAGGAUGUGGUUUACUCGGCUGUCAUCGUCACAGAGCAGGGAGGGGGUGGCCCCGUGUCCCCAUCGGGCCCCGCUGCCCCCCAGGAGCCGUUUGUCACCUACGCGGUGCUGCCAGGGCCCCGCGGUGCCACCGGCCCCAGGGGACUGCGGCGGGUCCCCAGCGACAGCUACGAGAACGUCCCCUGCGCGUGA